CAUGUCUUUUAGCAAAAAACAAUCACUAUGGUGAUGUGGAAGUUUAAUGCUUUUGAUGCUGAAUUCAUUUUCGUUAUUUACAUAGUAUCGUUAUCCAGUGUUCACUCGCUAGUAAUCACUGUUAGAAGAAGAAAAAGUACUAUAAGGUUUUGAUCUUUUGAAUUAUGACUGAUGAAAAAGGGAUUGAUUGGGCUUUUUAGGAAUAUGAUAAUUUUCGUUAAUUAGAUUUCUUAUGAUUAUGAUUAUCUUGGCCAAAUAGUGAUGUAUAAGAGAGCCAUGUGUUCUUCUUUUUAGGAUUACUGAGAGAGUUCUGAGAAUUUAUCCCACUGUUCAACUGUGGAUCCAUAGAAAUUGUUUUGUUUUCUUAGUGGGGAAUGGAGCGCUAAUUUUAGAUAAUGGAACUGUGGAUACAAAUUGUUUUGUUUUUCUAUCGAGAAAUGGAUCGCUGAUGUAAAUAACCUUUGUGUCUCUAAAAAAUUGAAACUGUAUCUGUAUUAAUUCAAGAAAACAGUUCUCUGAUUAUAAUUGCGUUGGCUUUCUCUUAGGGAUAUUCUUGAUGAUGCUUAAUGUUUUUGCAGUAUAGCAGGUAAUCGGGAAAUACAUUCAAGCUCUUAGUUAAUUUGUGUGUCAAAGAAAUCAUGGAUAAUAAGAUUGUCCCUUCAUCGCUUGGUGAGAUUGAACCUUUUCUUGGUGUUGCCUAUGAAAUUAAAUCGGAAAAUCCGAGGGUUGCCUACUGUUGUCGGUUAUAUGCCUAUGAGAAAGCUGAGAGACUAGAUCCAGAAUCAGCUGGCCCUGGUGUUCAUCAAUUCAAGAUUUCCCUGCUUCAGCAGCUAAAACAGGAAGAACUACAAACAUCAGGAGGACAAACAAUAAACAAUGAUGCUCAUGAAAUGCAAAACUUUUAUCGGCAUUAUUUUCAGAAGGACAUUCAACCCUUCCAAAAUUCAGAAGAAGCUUAUCGUACCCUCUAUCUUACAAAAGCUUAUCGAAUUGCAAAAGUUCUAUAUACGGUUCUGAAGUCAGUCAGUCUUUUAGAUUCUGUUAAGGUGCCAGAGGAGAUAUUGAAAGCACAUGAAUUCGUAGUUGCGAAGGCAGGAAUAUACACUCGUGAUAUAUUUCGACUUGAACCUGAAACUUCAGAUCAAAAGGCACAAAGACAUCCCGAGAUAUUUAUUACAAGCUCAAAUGAUGCUAAGAAGGCAGAGUUGCAUACUGAUAAUAUACUUCCAUGUGAGCCUGGAAGUUCAAAUCAAGAUCAGCUAAGAUAUCCAGAGAUGAAACAACUAAACCACUGUAGAAUCCCCCUGGAGGCCAUAAAAGAUAGUACCCAAGACUUUAAUUCUACAAAUUUCAUUGGGAAGGGUGGAUAUGGAAGUGUAUACAAGGGAAUCCUCACCUGGGAAGAUCAUGUAAAUGAGCUAGUUGCUGUAAAACGGCUAGAUGUCACUGGGUUUCAAGGUAAAAAGGAGUUCCUCACCGAGGUUUCAAUUCUUUCACAGUAUCAACAUGAGAAUAUCAUAACCCUUAUAGGGUUUUGUGACGAUAACGGGGAGAUGAUUUUGGUUUAUGAAUACGCAACUCAUGGAAGCCUUGACCAAUACUUACGUGACACCACAAUAUCAAACAGAUUGUCUUGGCCACAAUUGCUUAAAAUUUGCAUUGGUGUUGCUUCGGCAUUGGAUUAUCUUCAUAAUCAUGUUGCAGAGAAGCACAGAAUAAUACAUCGGGAUAUAAAAAGUUCAAAUGUCUUGUUGGAUGAAAACGGGAAGGCAAAACUUUCGGAUUUUGGUUUGGCUAGGAUAGCUUUAGCAAAUCAACAAAACACCCUUGUGAUCACCAACAUUGCUGGAACAUAUGGUUAUAAUGACCCACAAUACGAAAGAACAGGAUAUUUAUCAAAAGAAUCUGAUGUGUACUCAUUCGGAGUGGUUCUGUUUGAAGUAUUGUGUGGAAGGCUAGCAUAUGUUUUAAGUUACCAUGAUGAGCAUCGAUUCCUCCAUCAUCUAGCGCGAACACACUAUGAAAAAGGAGAGUUGGACAAGAUUAUUGAUCAGAGAAUAAGAAAUGAUAUAAAACCAAUAACGUUGAAAAAGUUUUCUGCUAUUGCAUAUCGAUGCUUGCAAGAAACUCGAGAACAACGACCUGCAAUUGCUGACGUUGUAUUCCAACUUAAGGUGGCUAUGAGAUUUCAAGAGUUAGAAGAUGAGGAAGAUGAAUUCUACCUUAGUGGAUACAUGAAGGAAGCUUUAUCCUUACAUACAGAAACAAUUAGAUAAGACAACGGCACUAAAAAACAUUGUAAACACCUAAAAGUAUUUGUUUCUCUAUUUGUUAAAUAUGUCCCAUCAUAAGUGAUCAACAUGGUGACAACAAUAUGAGAAUUUAUUAGAGCGGUUUUAGUUUUAAGUCAUGGCACAUCUUCAAUUGCUUGCUCACCGUGGAUUGUGAUUUAAUUUUCUCAUGUUAGCUACGGGACCGGUUGGGGAAGUUAACAGCCGGUGACCCUUUUCGUAUAUAAUAUAUGAAUUAUAAGAUGCCUUCUUUUUUA